CUCCUUGACUGUGUGGCCCAAAACGCGAAUGAACAUCGACCGUGGAAGUUGACUGCAAGUGAAAAGCGCUGCACUGAAGUGUUCAAAUUACAUGUGAGACUAGCGCUGAGCAGAGGCCUCACUAGCCAAGCAGCACAACACACAUUCAGCCCCCUCACAUCAUUCACAUGAUUCGUCUGCCUGCAGCCCGAGCCUGAGACCGUCUUGAGCCUUCCGCCCUCCUGCCGGAUCAAAGUUCCAACGUUAACGCUUCGUUUACCGUUGCUCAAAGCCCAACAAGGAACAACUAACAAAACAAAUACAAAAAACACAGAAAACAACGUUAACUUCUAAUAACAAUUAACUAUUUUGGUCUGCGCCUUUUAUAUACAUUGGCAACAUUGUCUAACUAAAAGUAAUAACCACAGUGCAAUAUGCCGCCAAAUGCAAAAUCGGAAACGGAGCCAGAGCCGGCGCCUGUGUCGAGUGACGAGCCGGCGGCCGAUUUGGAGACGGCCAAUCAGAAGAUAGAAGAAACGACACAUCACUCCAAGUUUCGGGAACUGGAGCAGCAGGAACAGCAGGCAGCCGAGAGUCAAAGAAUUGCACAAGUGGAAACAACAAUAGCACCAAAAACAACAACAGAGGCUGAGGAAGCUGCUACCACCUCCGUGCCGGUCAUCAAAAAGAUUGAGCAUGCUGGCGAAGUGGUCACCGAGGCGAUUGCUGAACGCACUGGUUUGCCCACAUGGGGCGUGGUGGCGAUUAUAAUACUCGUAUUCCUCGUCGUCUUUGGUAUUAUAUUUUUCUGUGUGCGCAGAUUCCUCAAGAAGCGAAGAACCAAAGAUGGUAAGGGUAAGAAGGGUGUCGAUAUGAAAUCGGUACAAUUAUUGGGAUCGGCAUAUAAAGAGAAAGUUCAGCCUGAUAUGGAGGAACUCACCGAAAAUGCCGAAGAAGGCGACGAAGAGGACAAGCAGAGCGAACAGAAGCUGGGGCGACUUAACUUCAAGCUUGAAUACGACUUCAAUUCGAACAGCUUGGCCGUAACCGUUAUACAGGCCGAGGAGUUGCCCGCCUUGGACAUGGGCGGUACCUCAGAUCCCUAUGUGAAGGUAUAUCUGUUGCCCGAUAAGAAGAAGAAGUUCGAGACAAAGGUGCACCGCAAAACGUUGAGUCCGGUCUUCAAUGAAACAUUCACCUUCAAGAGUUUACCCUAUGCUGAUGCCAUGAAUAAGACGCUCGUAUUCGCCAUAUUUGACUUUGACCGCUUCUCGAAACACGACCAAAUCGGCGAGGUGAAGGUGCCGCUGUGUACCAUCGACUUGGCACAAACCAUUGAGGAAUGGCGUGAUCUGAUCAGCGUUGAGGGUGAAGGUGGACAGGAAAAGCUUGGUGACAUUUGCUUCUCGCUGCGCUAUGUGCCGACCGCUGGAAAGUUGACGGUUGUCAUUCUCGAGGCCAAGAACUUGAAGAAAAUGGACGUCGGUGGAUUGUCUGAUCCAUAUGUGAAAAUUGCAAUCAUGCAAAAUGGCAAACGUUUGAAAAAGAAGAAGACAAGUAUCAAAAAAUGCACCCUCAACCCUUACUAUAAUGAGUCGUUCUCAUUUGAAGUACCAUUUGAACAAAUACAAAAAAUCUGUCUUGUUGUUACCGUUGUGGAUUACGAUCGUAUUGGCACCUCUGAGCCCAUUGGACGCUGUAUACUUGGCUGCAUGGGCACCGGCACCGAGUUGCGCCAUUGGUCCGACAUGCUGGCCUCCCCGCGUCGGCCCAUAGCUCAAUGGCAUACUCUGAAGGAUCCCGAGGAAACUGACGAAAUACUAAAGAAUAUGAAGUAAACGCUACAUUGCUGAUAACUCCAGAAUAACAGCACACCUUAGUAUCAUGCGGAUAAAGUACACGUACAUACACAUAUUGAAGAUGAAGUAAAACCAGAGAACUCAAGAAAACCGUCAACAUUGAAAUCGUAUGGAUCAUCAGCUACAAUUGAUCUUCAAGAACCUCAAGACCCACAAAAUAACAACAACAAUCAAUAAAAUAAAUAUCGUAGUUAUUGCAAAUCGAUUUUUUUGCGCAAUUCAUCAACAAAUGAGAUAGGCAAACAGGAAGAAAAAAUAUAAAAAAAAAAACGCUCCAUUCAGAGAAAUCUAGAAGUUUAAGUUAAAUAUCCAUCACAUUUUUAUACCUAAAAACAAAAACAAUUUUUUGUCCAUCUAUAAAACGAGAGAUUAAUUAGAUUUAUUAAAUUUAUUUCCAAUUAAAGACAUUUAUCCGUUUUCAUGUUUACAAACAUUAUUGUUAUCAUUCAAAUAAAAGAUGAAAACAAAACAUAGUUAAAUGAAAAUGAAAAUGAAAACGACAAGAAAAUAAAAUUCUACGAGUAUGUUAAAAAUUAAAUUGAUAAAGUCUAUAUACUCAAUAUACAUGCAGACAUUUACUUAACGGUGAAACAACAAACUAAAUCAUAAUUUUAAAACGUUAAGUUAAACAACAUUUUAAACUAGUCAAGCGUCUAUAUGAAAACAGUUUUCUUGCCAGCUUUCAUUUGACUUUGAAGGAAAACAAAAGCUGUUUAAAGUUUAUUAGUAAAUCGAUGAAGUAAAUAUUAGACCUAAUGACAACUAAUAAUUACCAGAAGACAAAAGAUGAAAAUAAACUGUUAUGUAAAUUAUUUAUUAUAUUUAAUUAUUGAGCAUUAUGUAUUACUGUAACUGUGUAAGUAUAUAAACAUCAACAUAUAUGAGAGUACAUGCCAGACAUAUGAAAAAA